GCUGGCCGCCUUUAACAAGACAUGGAGCACCUCCUGAGUGGACUAGCUCUUGACAGCGAGUUCUUCAAGCUGGGGGGAACAGUACUCGGCUUGUGUCUCCUUUUCCUUGUCACUUCGCGUUACACUGCUCGUAAGGGAAUCAAAGCAAUAUUCCCUCCCGGACCGACAGGCUUGCCUCUGGUUAGAAAUCUCUUGCAAUUUCCAUCGCACUUUUUCUGGUAUCAGCUGGACGCAUGGUCAAAACUCCAUGGGCCUGUGUAUACCUUCUGGAUAAUGAACCAGCCAUUUGUCGUUCUCAACACUGCAGCGGCGGCAGCAGACGUAUUGGACCAUCAGUCUGGUAUAACUUCUGGAAGGUUGCAAACCAUCAAGGGCGCCUUCUACGGCGUAGACCGGAUUUUGACCACCAAGGCACAUUCUUUAGGUUGGCGCGCAGCCAGGAAGGCCAUGCAUGCGAGCUUCAACAUUCACUCCACACUUCGUUUCGGCCCUUUGCAAGCCUAUGACGCAACGAACCUUUGUCUUGGUCUAAUCCGGUACCCCAAUAAGCCCUUCCACCUGCAUGUUCACAGGUGGUCUGCAUCUAUCAUAUUCCGGUGCUUGUAUGGACACGAUGCGUUCGACAUUGAGGGAGACGAUCCGAGUACAAACAUGAGGAGGCUAGCCGAGGAGCUGGUGCAGGCAUUGCUCCCUCAGAACAGCAUUGUCGACAUAUUUCCCUUUUUAACUCCACUGAUUCAGAGAUCCAAGUGGCUGAGAAGAGAAGCAGAUACAUGGAAGAAAGAGACUGAUGAUGAAGGAAAUCGGCUUUACGAUGGGGUUGAUCCCACUGCAACAUGGUCUACCUUCGUAGGGGACUUGAACACCAACUUGGAAAAGUAUGGCCUGACAAAAGAGGAUGCUAACUGGCUUUCCAUAACUGUGUAUAUAGCAGGACAAGAGACCACCGCGUACACGCUCCGUGUCCUCAUGCUUGCUAUUCUCCACAAUCCUGCUGUCGCCAAGGCUGCUCAAUCACAGCUCGAUUCUAUCUGCGGCUCUCGUGCUCCAUCUUUUGAGCACCGGGAACAGCUGCCCUACAUUGAGGCGCUUAUCAAGGAGACGAUGAGAUGGAGACCCGUGGUACCUGGGGGCGUGCCACAUUUGGCAACCGAGGACGUCGAAUUCCAGGGAUUUGUGGUGCCGAAAGGAACAAUAUUCUUCGACAACAUUUGGUCUCAGUCCCGCGAUCCAGCUGUCUACCCGGACCCCGAUGCGUUCGACCCUACUCGUUUCCUGGAUGCGGAAGGCUGUCUCAUCCCGCAAGCUCCAGAUAUUCCUCUCUUGGCAUUUGGGCGGGGUCGGCGGGUUUGUCCUGGCAGAGACUUCGCCUCAAAUGGCCUGUUCAUCGUAACCGCAACAUUGUUGUGGGCAUUCGACUUCGAGUGGCCUGUAGAUUCGAAGGGCAAACCGAUUAUGUGCGGCACGUCGGAAAUGGAGGACCAUGUGGUGCUUACGACAGUGCGGUCCUUCGAUGUUAAAAUUACGCCUAGACGGGAAGGGCUUGAAGAGAAGCUAAUCGAGAUCUUGGCUGAGCGUGAUACGGAUCUUUCGGUAUGAUUUCAGUCACGUUGAAGCGUGCUUCAAGAGACUAUUGUAUUACACGCUGUGCGAAUAGGGUGGCGUUAUCCACACUUGGAUACACUAGGAAAGAAAACAACCCCAAUGUAACUGACACCUCGAAUAAAACACCUCUCAUACAUGAGACAUCUCCGAAUGUGCACCACAUCCAUACUCUUCUACCAAAUGAAAUCAACCCCAAAACCAUAAGGAAGGCUCGUUCACUAUUAAUGCAAAGGGUUCCGCGAAAACAGUGUGCCCGAAUGCAAUAAAAGGAAGGAUAAAUCCCCUGACAACACAACCCGGUGAGUGCAAUAGGAAGGUCAUCUUGCCGUCCAGCAUGGCAUGCCAGAGGGUGAACGACGAGGCGGCAAAAAUAAGAUAACCAGAAUAAUCGCAGUGCGAUUAUAUUAGUGGUUAAACUAAUAAGAACAGAUACUACACUUGAUCUAAGCC